AUCCAAAAUGUUUCCACCAAUCAACAACGUAACUCAAGCACAUUCAUUGAAACAUCACGCACGUGCGUGUUUCACAAUCACUGUUCUGGUUUCAAUCUUCACCUUGUUUCACUCAAAUUCCUUAACAGAGAAUGAUUCCAUAGCAUCCAAGAAUCUUUCAAACCAAACUCAUCAAAAUCAAAUCUAUAUCUAUUUAUCACAACUUUUCAAUCUUCCAAUUCAAUUCAACAAUGGCGAAGAAUGUCAAUGAAGAGUUUUCUUCAUCUUCACCUUCAUUCACCGAUUUUCCAGAAGAUGUUCAGCUAUGCAUCCUCUCAUUUCUGUGUCCCAUUGAAAUUGCUUCAUUCGCAUGCACCUCAAAGCAAUUCGGAACACUCUGUUCCGAUGAUGCAAAGCUUUGGCUUUCCCUUUGUGAUCGAAGAUGGGGUUCAAAAACCCAAAUAAAAAAAUGGGGUGAAGGUAAAAUUCUCUAUAGAAAUCUCUAUACUGUUCUUCAUGAAUGGGAUAAUCUUAUUGGUUUUUGGAGGAGAAGUGGUCCUGGUAGUGCUGUGAUUGAAUCACCUUCAUUGGUUUUCUUUGAAUGGGGUUCAUCGUUUAUUGCUGGCUCUAGGGUUUCACCAACCCAAUCAGAAUCUGAAAUUUGCGGGUAUCAGGUGAAAAAGGUGCCUUUUUUGAAGAUGGGUCUUUCUGAAGAUGGACAAAUUGUGAAUCUUUUGGAUCCUAAUGGUCGAGCUGAUUUGAAUUUCAAUGGUAAUGGCAGUGAAUUGAUUCCUGUGAAUGUUUGUUUUAUGGGGAAAACUCAUUUUGUAUUGGAAGAGAAUGUGUUUGGGAGGAGUUCGAGUUCAAGUCCGGGAAAAAAUGGUGGUGAGGAUUGUGGUUUUGGUGGAGAGGAUGGGAUUGGGAUUGAAAGUGGUUCUCCUCCGGAUCGGAUGUUGGAGAUUUAUCAGCAUUUGGCGAACCGGGUUAGUCCUGGAAGCGAUAGAUCAAGGAGGCAGAGGAGGAAGGAGAAAGAAAGGAUGGCUAGGCGGAAAUGGGAGCCUGAGCAUUUUGUCAAGGUUGUGAAUUGCUCGCCGACAGCGUUGCGGCCUUUGCAAGGUCUUUGGAAGGGAAUUUGUGCAGACUUGAGUUUAGCAUUUUACCUUGUGGCUUAUGAUGACAUUGGGGGGAUUGCUUGUCGACGACUUGGGGAUCCUCCUGAACGGUUUUCUACUUAUGCCCCGGUUUUCUGGACGUCCAAUGCUACAUUUCUGGAAGCUCCCUUUCCUUUAGAGGAAGAAUCUCUGUAUGGCAGUCGCGUUCAUCUUCAACCAGUUCAACCACACAAUGAAAAUCAUGAGCAGUUCCCUAUGUCUGAUGUUGAAGGGGUAAACCACAUUCAGCAGUUCUAUUUGUCAGACAAUGAAGUGGUAAAUCGAAUUCUUCACAUAAACUCAAGUUAUGAUUUAGUUAUUCCUGACCUUGCUGGAGCAACAAAUCCAAGAAGUGCUGAGGGAAGGAUUUGGCAGUACCAGGAUGGUACUUUUGGAUUUGGUUUCGUUCGGGACAAUUUUGUCAUUGACAUGAAAAAUAUUGUCCGUGAUGGUUGCAUCGUGGAUGCAGUAAACCCUUCUACAUUGAUCGUGUAGUUGGAUGUCACCUGUACAUUGUGCACAAUGUAUUUUUAGCUGUGAAAUUAUGACAGUUUCCUUAGAUGGUAGUUUGCUUCUUUAACUGUAUCUUAGACAGUCAGUGUUAAGCAGGCGCUGUUUCAUUUGUAAGAUUAUGUACAUUGCCUUACCUGCGAGUCACCUUUUAUUUGUGACCUCCUUUGGUUUGGAGUUUGGACUUCCUUUCAUCAUAAUUUAUGUAAGCAAAAUAAUGGGAAUUGACAUCUUGUCAGUCCCUUCUUUUACAUUUCAUCCCUUGUAAAUUGUAAUGAUUCAAAUUUCAAACACAGUCCCUUUGUUGUAGAAUUA